ACGCAGGACACAUGCUUCAUGCUGGCCUGUGAGGCUGUUUACUGGACAUGAGUGCAGUUGGAUCUUGGAUCGAGGGCAUACAAUGCAUCUGCAGGCAUCGAAAUUGAUGUCGGUGUGUAACCUGCAGGAAGUGAGACCAAAUUCCAACGCUCUCAUUGCGUAUGGCAACAGUCUACCAGAGAAUCGAGCGCUGAUCAUGAUCCUUCACCGAGCGUUGCUACAGGACAGCGAAUGCACGUGCAAGGGAACACGGAGCAGAGGCGACAACAGGUGUGCUGGCUACUGAGCUCGAGAGGUAUAAGAGCACUCAUCUUUCCCGCUUCUCAGAUUUUCUCAUCAGCACCAACAAUCUAAUUAACUCACCACAGUCAAUCACUUAAUCCCUCAAAAAAUCUUCAAGAAGCUUUUAGCUCGCCAAAAACAACCAAUCCACCACCAAAAUGCAGUACUCCACCAUCUUCACCAUCCUCGCCUCCGUGGCCGUCGUUGCAGCUAUGCCUCAGGCAGCUGUCAGCUCCCAGUGCGGUGCUGGCAACGCCGUGUCUUGCUGCAACACUGCCGGUGACAGCGAUCUGAUCACCGCUGUUGUCGCUGGCUCCUGCUCCAUCCAGGUUCCUGUCAUUGCAGCUGCCAUCGGAAACUCUUGCAAUGCUGGCAACACCUUCUGCUGCCCAUUGGACCAGAGCUCCGACGGCACCGUCCUCGACGCUGGCCUGCCAUGUAUCCCAGUCAACUUCAACUAAGCGACCUCGUUACCGUUCACAACCAUCGAUUCAUCAGCACGUCUCUGGAUCUCUGGUUGCUUCGUCAGCAUUUCUUUGGAUCACUGGAUGCUUCGUCAGUCUUUUCUCUGGAUCGCUGGACCUCGUCCGACCUUCUUUUGGAACGCUUGAUGUCUCAAUCAGCACUCUUCUGGAUAGCUGGAUGCUUCGUGUCUUUCGACAGUCUCGAGAUGAUCACGAUUGCAUAGCGAAGGAUUGGUUUUGAUGUAAAUACUGUAAAUAAUAGACCGUCGGAAA